AUUCGACUGUACACGUAAUGCCUGUGCCGUGAAUCCGCCUAGCCUAGUAAUUUCACGCUACUAAUUUCAUCUGAUUUUCUAAAGAACAGGAAUCUUAGAAGCAAAAAUGUCGAAAACUACCGAUAGCCUGACAUCUACGUGUGUCCUGUGUUGUCAGGAGAUCAAGAUCUAUGCUAUUGGACCCUGUAAUCACCCAAUCUGUUUUAAGUGUUCUACCAAGAUGAGGGUGAUCUGUAAUCAGAUGUAUUGUGCAGUAUGCCGCUCGGAAAUGCCAAAGGCUAUUUUCACAAUCAAGCUGCAUCUUUUUGAUGGGAUCAUCUCUCACAAGUUUCCCAAUGAUCGCAAGAGUGGCAUCUUCUUUGCUACCACUGACAUCCAAGGGGAAUACCGGAGGAUCCUGACUACUGAGUGUCGAAUCUGUGGCAUCAAACGAGAACCCGAUGCAACCUUCAAGAAGCUCCAGGUCCACAUGCGUAAAGAGCAUGAGCUUUUCUCGUGUCAGCUUUGUGUGGAAAAUAUUAAGGUGUUAUCAUCUGAGCGUAAGUUUUACACUCGCAAGGAUCUAGCUCGGCAUCGUCGCACAGGAGAUCAGGAUGAUACAUCGUAUCGUGGACAUCCUCUGUGUGAGUUCUGUGAUGACCGUUACUUUGACAACGAUGAGCUUCACCGCCAUCUGCGCAAAGAUCAUUAUUUCUGUCAUUUCUGUGAGACUGAUGGUGUGACCAACCAGUACUAUGGUGAAUAUGAAGACCUAGAGGAUCAUUUCCGAUCUGAUCACUAUCUCUGUGAAGAAGACCAAUGCCUGAAUGAGAAGUUUGUGGCAGCUUUCCGUAGUGAAAUAGAUCUCAAGGCUCACAAGGCUAAGCGUCAUGCUAGUAAGAUGACCAAGAUCCAAGCUAAACAGACUAGGCAGGUGGAUGUAGAGAUCAACCUACCAGCUAGACAAAGAGAAUAUCAACGUGGACCUAGAGAUGGUGCUUACGGGGGAGGAACCAGAGGUGGCAGAAACAGAUAUCAAAGAGACAGAAAAGAGAGAGACACGGAAAUGGCAAUAGAGGCAUCCCUGGAAACGGCACAGAAAGAAGAAGUUAAACGAGAUAAUGAACGGCGUGAUGAACGGAAAAAGAAAAUGGUUGUUCAACCUCAAAAAGAGGAGAGGAGAACUCGUGUGAUAGAGCGUCGAAGACCAGAUUCACCGGUAGAAGCCAUACAGCCAAAAAGAGAGACUAAAAAUAAAUUUAAAGUUGAAGAAGACAAGGAAAAUGAAGUUUUAAAGCCUGGUGGUGCCAUUGAUCCAAUAUCUAACAGAGAUUCUUAUGCUACAAAUAUAGCCAAGAAAGCGCCAGAUUUAGCUGACUUUCCAACAUUGGCUGUACCAGGUCAACCUUUUCAGAUGGGAGGAAGGUGGAGUACCGCACCUCAGCAGACAGAAGCUGAUUUCCCUUCUCUAGGAAAUGGAGAUGGUGCUAUUAAAAAUGCUCCUAUGAAUGUUGCUGCAUCUUUCGGGUUUUACAACUCAUUACAUGGCAACAAAGCACCCAGCUCAUUACAUGGCAACAAAGCAGCUCCUGCAACAUCAACAGUAGAAACUAGCCGAACAGCCUCUCCGGGAGCUGAUGAUGAUGCUGAAUUUCCCACUCUGAGUUCAAUUGCUAGUUUGCUGGGUGGUAACCAGAAAAAGAAUAAAAAGAAGAAAAAUAUUAAUAAAAAGCCCCAAGCUCAAUCAGCAAGUCAAGACCCUAAGGUUAUGAAUUACAGAUCUGCAACAGAGAGCAGUGGUAAGGAGAGUAAGAGGGAGAAAAGCAGUGCUGGUGCAAAGAUGGAAUCUACAGUACAGAAGCCAGCAAUGUCUGCUCCUUCCCAACCAACAACAAUAAUCCGUUCUAAGGCCCCUUCAGCGUCUUCAGAUUCAUCUAGUGCACGACCACCUCCAGGCUUUGCAGCUUUUCCUGCUCUGUCAUCCUCCAGUGUCCCACCUCCUGGUUUCUCUUCAUCUUCUGCUGUCCAGCCUCCUCCGCCUGGUUUCUCUUCUGCAGCUAACUCUGCAGCAUCAGGACCUGAAUUCGUUCAGGCUCCCAACUUCAAGCAGCAGAAUCGCGACCUCGUCGCCAAGAUUCAAGGCUUCUGUUUUGGUGACCCCAGGUUGUUUGGUCAGUUCAAACAGGAUUCUGGGGAGUUCCGUCAGAACAUGAUCCCUGCUCAAGAAUACUACCGGCGCUGCAUGCAAACUCUUUCAGAAGAAAACUUCCAGAGUGUCUUCAACGAGUUAGUCGCUCUUCUUCCAGAUCUUGCGAAGCAGCAGGAACUCCUAGCAGCUCACAACAGCUACAAGGCUUCCAAGUCAAAGUCCAAGGCACCGAAAGACACUGUCUUGAAGAUCAGCAACACUAAGCCGCCAUCAAAGUCAGGUUCAAAAGCAUGGAAGUCAACAGGUAAAGGGGAGAGUAGCAGUAUCUGCUCUGUCUGUUCUCAAAUUGUCCUUGCAAGAGAUCUAGCUGAACAUAUGAAUGUACAUGAAGAAUAUCCUGCUUUGUCAUCUGGCAGAUCAUCUGGCAGACCCGCCCCUACUGCCCCUACGUGGGGUGCUCCAACAUGGGGCAGGGGAAAGUAAAUAUCCUUUGAUGGACUCUGUAUGUCAGUCUAAAGAGGUAUCUGCAUGUAUCUAUGGAUUACACUUCUUCUAAAGAUUUGACAGUUUGUUCAGCUUUACUUUUUUAUUUAAUCUUAUUUUAGUUUUCGCACCAAUUUUUUUUCAUGAUUUGCCAUGGUUUUUUAAUUUGUAUGUAGUCAUUUUACUUAAUCAUCUACAUUAUAUACACCAUAAGAGAAGGUAUCUGUAAUCUUCAUAUUUUUGUUUUAUGCAAUUAAAUUGUAUUAAAUAAUAUUACAAAAUGCUCUAUUUUUUUUGUCACAAACACAUGUCAUGUAGAUGAUAACAUUUUGAUGAUAGUCUGUUUGAAACAACUUUCUUGCCGAUUCGGUUUAGUUUAACAAAUAUUGUACAUGUACAUGUAUGUAUAUGACUUGGCACAGUCCACUGCUCUGAUUUGUAUGCAUCAUCUUACUCUUCACUUCAUUUUAUAUCAGACACUUGAGCUGGGGGGGGGGGGGGGGGGGUGUUUCACAAAGACUAAGAUGGACUUUAAGUUAGACUUAACUAUGGCAGGCCGUUCAUGCCACUGUUUGCUAUCAACAUUUACUGACAUUGGUGACGUACAAAUCAUGGUCACAAAUCUACAGAAUUUACUCUUUUUGAUAAUUCAUUAUUGAAGGAAAAAAUAUUAUCUAAAGAUCAUAAUGGUUAGAGCAAACAGUGGCAUGAAUGGCUCCCCUGUUAAAAUAGCAUUUGCCAAA